GGCUACUGUUCAAAAAAGAUGGGCACCACUGGCGAGGCAAUGGAGAGUUUAAGUGAGCUGGCCUAGGGGGUGGGCGGCGUUGAGAGUGAUGUGGGCAGUGGAGGAAUGAAGCAUGGUGCUGGCCUCUCGGGCAGUGAAGUGGUGGACCAGAGAGGAAACGAUGGGGGCGGCGCCCAAAGCCUUGUCAUUAACCCAACUGCUCUCCACUCUGCUGAGUCUACUCUACUUCACCCCCAGCCGGACCGGACCGGAGGGAACAAAAAGGAGAAGCAAGCAUCGAUGAAUGCAUUCUGCAGCAACACAUGCGACCACUCUGCAUUUCUCCUAUCCGCGGGCCAAACCAGUCUCCACCGUCACCGACCAUCCACGCGCCACCGGACCACAGUAAUGACGUCACAGUCGUCGGGAAGAAAAACAACAACGACAACCACACGUGCAGUGUAUAGGGAGGUGGAGACGCUGCAGAAAGGGAUUGCGGAGUUGUACGACGAGUCAUCGGGAAUAUGGGAGGACAUUUGGGGGGACCAUAUGCACCAUGGCUUCUACGACCCUAAUGAUACUGUCUCUGUCUCCGACCAUCGCUCCGCCCAGAUCCGCAUGAUCGAAGAGGCUCUGCGCUUCGCCUCCGUUCCCGGUACCACCUUUACUCUUUCUCGUCUAUCUAGACUUCUAUAA